GCAUGCGCAGAGGGAGUGCCACGUACUGGCUGACGUUGACAGUCCGAGUGACACUUCCUAGUGCUGGUUCCUUGCUUAGCUAGGCCAGCUAACGAAGUAGAGUUUCACGAUUUUGGGAAACCCUGUGAAACAAAGCGUGGUAAAGUCGUCUGAUUCAGGCAGUGGGAGCAGUAGAGAUCAGACGGCACCAUGAACGGCCAGCUGGACCUGAGUGGCAAGCUGAUCAUCAAAGCCCAGCUGGGUGAUGACAUUAGACGCAUCCCCAUACACAAUGAAGACAUCACAUAUGAUGAGCUCGUGCUGAUGAUGCAGCGCGUCUUCAGGGGAAAGUUGCAGAGUAACGAUGAGGUUACCAUCAAAUACAAAGAUGAAGAUGAUGACCUCAUCACCAUUUUUGACAGCUCUGACCUCUCAUUUGCAAUCCAGUGCAGUAGAAUACUCAAACUGACAUUAUUUGUGAAUGGUCAGCCACGGCCUUUGGAAUCCAGCCAAGUGAAGUACCUACGCAGGGAGCUCAUUGAGCUCAGGAAUAAAGUCAACAACCUUCUGGACAGCCUGGAGCCUCCUUCAGAGCCUGGAAUGACUUCUGCAGCACCUCACAAUGAAUCAGUGGAUGGACGUGAAGGCAAAGUUAUGACAGCAGAUUCAACAGUGAAACAGGCUCCUCCAGUCAGCGCAGCCAGCAUGUCGGCUUUUGACCCGUUAAAAAACCAGGAUGAGGUCAACAAGAAUGUCAUUUCUGCUUUUGGCCUGAGCGAGGACCAGGCCCCAGUUGCUCCCCCUGCUGUUGCCACAGAGGAGCGCUCAGGGACCCCUGACAGCAUUGCUUCCUCCUCCUCUGCAGCACCUCAGCCAGGAGUGCCGCCUCAGCCACAGGGUCCCUAUGCUGGGGUACAACAAGGGCCGCCAGCAGGAGUUGAUGGUCAGGUGUAUCAGCAGUACCAGGCUCCAGGUGGAUACCCUCCACAGCAGCCAGGCGCACCGCCGCAGCAGCAGUACGGUAUGCAGUACCCUGCUGGAUAUAGUUCUCAGCCUGGGGCUCCUCAGCCUGGCCCUCCACAGCCCCAGCAGCAGCAGCAGCAGUUUCAGAACUACCCUCCGCCCUCCUCUCAGGCUCCAGGCCCUGGUCCUGCCCCAACUCCUGGCUUCCAGACUGGGCAGCAACAGCAGCAGCCUCAUCCAUCUCAGGGAGCUCAACAAUACCCACCAGGAGCCUUCCCUCCCCAAAACUAUACCUCCCAGGGCUCCCAGCCUGCCAACUACAGCAUGCCAGCUGGCUCCCAACCCGGCUCGGGGUUUCAAACCCGCCCGGGAUUCACCCCGCCGCCAGGCACUGCCGUCACUCCCCCACCUGGCGCUGGUAACCCCUACGCUCGCAAUCGCCCCCAUUACGGCCAGGGCUACACUCAGCCCGGUCCCGGGUAUCGGUAAAAGAAGGUUAGGGUGAUACUAACAACACCCCCCCCCCCCCCCCCCCCCCCCUUCCACCCCAUUAUGUGGCUCCAACUGUUUAAGAUGUGUGCAGGGAAAAGGUCUAUUGCUCUGUGCUCCAUACAAAUAUCAAGCCCAAUUAUUAAAGAAAAAAGACCGGCCGCCACUCUAUCCCAGUCUGUUUGCUGUUGGUCCUCCCCUCUCUGUUUGGCCCUGAUGUAUGCUCCUCCUCCUGCCCUUUUGUGUCCAUCAUCGUGACAAAGCAUCCCGUCUCUGCGCACACACUUCGGAGACCAAAACAUGCCGUUGCACAAACUGUUUAUCAUCCUUUUCUUAAUAAAGUGUUUUGCGAUUGGGGUCGGAGUCGGUGAUGAAGUUAACAGCUGUGAGCUUACUGUGUAGGACACUAUCACAAAGAAACUCAGUUUUGUUUCUUUUUUUUUUUUCCUCUGUUUGAUUAACUUCACCACCAUGUUGGUAUUAAUAUCUGUUCUCAUUGGUUUUUACUAAUAUUAUCAAAUCAAAUUCCUCUCAAGUGAGAUUAGCUGUAUAUGUAAAAAUGUUAACUUUUCCUUUUUUUUCUCUUGAAUCUAAUAAAGAAUUAAGACCCAGUUUGA